AUGAUGGCAACGAAGCAACUUAAUUCGGUUAAUCCGCGCAACUUCCGCGAGAAAAUAGAACUCUUAAAAAAGAAGGAAGCUGCAUCGACGGCAAAUUUUGCUGCUGCCAUCAGAGAUGCGCGCGAAAUUCGUCAGAUUGCUGGUGGUUGUGAUCCUUCUCAGUUUAAGUCCUUAGCUGUUCAAAAUUUAUUGGAUCGUUCGCUGUCGAAGGCCUGUUCGGCUUCUAACAUCAGUGGAAGUUCUGCGCGCGAUCCAUCCGCAGGUGGGUGCCUUCGAGCUCCGAGCACAGGCGUACAGUCUGGUCCGGGACCCGUUCCAUCUACAUUUCCUUAUCGGCGUGUUCAGCGUUACGCUAGUGGCGAUCAGUUGCCUUCUGCAAGUUAUCCUGUCCCUUCGCACCCAGACAUUCAUGGAAGCACAACCCACUUAGGUUACACAGACUCGCCAUUCCCUGCGCCGUUGGGCCCAAAGGCCGUGACAACGACGUUCAUUCAAGAUGAUCCAUCCCUGCGAUCGACUUCUUAUGCACAACAUCAUACCCCCAUGGGAGGACGUUGUUUGUAUACAGCACAAACCAGCCUUGGACCUUUGAACUCUUCUUCACCAUAUUGUGGGACUCAGGUAAUGGGUACUCAUCCAAAGAUACGCGACUCAUCGUCGGGCACGCAGCAUCCCAUGAUGCCCACUGGACCCGUCAUUCCUGAUGAACGCACUUCCUCAACUGCCGCGAACUUCAACAUGAAUAUCGAUUGGCGACGUUAUCCAACCACGGUCUUGGAUCACCGUGGCUAUGACAAUCGCACGUCACCGGCGGCACAAACGGAAUCUCACACCGAGCCGUGUAUUUCUGGCGUGCCGAUCAAAAGGCCCGACAGCUUGCGUCGGUAUUGCCCAGUGGAAUCUGAUAGUGCGAUCCGCACCAUGGCUUACGGUCGCAUGAAUUGCUACACCCCCAGUACUGCACCAGGUGUUGUGGGGUCCGUCCCAGCAACUGCGUCCCAGUCGGCUUUAUCUCAGGCUGAUGGAUCACUGGGAGAGGAGCACAUGUUACCCGCGAAACGCCCAUUCACCGGCUCAAGCAUUUAUUCUAUGGGAAGUAGCAGCCCUGAACAGUACUCUCAAAUGAACGAUUUAACUUUGAACGAACCCACUGUCCGUCUAGAUCAAACGAAUGAGUGCAGACCUGGCCCCGAGUGGCAUUUAGUGUUCCCAGAUGUCAAGCGCAUGAUGCGUGGAAUCUGUUGCGAGUCACCAACAGCUGCGAUGGAGGCCAUCACUGAACUGGCCAAAGGAUUACCCGCUCCGGCAUGGUCGAGCUGUUUCACGAAAUUGUUUGAGCGCAUGAAACGGUGUUUGGAGGCUGGUGGAGAAUACGCGGAGAAAAUCUAA